AUGAACAAAAACGGAACAGCUAAAAUGAAUGAUAAUCAAAUUAGAGCAGAAGGUAGAAGGUUAUUUAAACGCUUCUAUAACAUUCCUGAUGGUGCUAAUCCUAAAACUCGUAGAAGCUAUUUAAAUGAAGCAAUAGAUGCAUAUGAAGGGUUUGACAUUUCAUCAGAAAGUGAGAGAUUAGCGAGAAUGUUAAAUGUUAAUAUUGAUUUCUAUUAUUGUGAUCCUCAACCAGAAGACGUGGACAUAAAUAAGGUAGACUUUCCAUUAGUGGAAUCAAUAAUGAUAUAUCCAGAAUUUGAAACAGUAAAUAUUUUAUUAACACAGAGUCCAUGUGGAAAACUUCACGCUGACAGAAUAACAGACGUUGAAGCACUCACUGGCUAUAAAGUUUGUCCAUUUUGUAAAGAAGAAGUUUAUUCUAUCCGUGAUGAUCCAGAAAGGAAAAACCAAAGAAGAUUUUUAAAGCAUUGUGAGAAAUGUAAAGAAAAUAAUGGAAGAUUAAUUCAAGACGUUCAAUUGCAAAAGACAGGAAUAUUAUCAACCGACAAGAUAUUAUAUUACUUUUGA